AUGUUCGCCACGCGUACUCUGCGGAUGUUCCGUCCCACGGUCCGUAUGAUGCGGCCGGUGCCGAAGGAGGAGCAGGCUGCGCACACUGUCUCUCAGCGUCUGCGGCGCCUGAAGAAGAUCCCUCCUGAGCUGAUCCCCCUCGGUGUUGUCGUCAGCUUCGCCGUCUGCGCUGCCGUCUAUUCGACCACCCGCCACCUUUUGGUUGACAAGAACAUCCGCCUGAAGCGCCAGAACCGGGCAGCUGACCUUCACGUCGAGAAGCAUGAGGAACACUAA